AUGGAAGAGUCUGUUGUCACUGACACUGAAAAUUUUAGCCAGGUUGUCGUAGUAGUUGACCAUCAUGCUUGGUUUUGGUUGUCUUUUGGAGAUGGUCAUCAAAGUGUGGACGUCCUCAACCGUGCGGAAAGACUCCUGCCAGAGCUCCAAUCUAACGGAAACGUUCAACUGGUUGAAUCUGGUCUCGAGGUAUCUCUGCAAAGUGUCAGGGUCCGAGAGAUCGAUUGGGUUUUCUAUCUGGUGCUUAAAGCCGAAUGCCUGCGAAACAACAGCAGCAUAGCCCACCUCGAGCUUGGCGUUGUUUCUCAAAAUGUCCAGAACAGUUCUGUAUGCCUCCCACAAGAACUUCAACCAUGGAACAACAAGCUCUCUGUCGGAACGGUCCUUGGUGUCGUCUGUAGAAACACUGGACAUGAGCACGUCUUCUGGAGAAAUGACGACUCUUCUGUUUUCGUCGUCUUCUCCAUCUUCGUCAUCUUCCUCGAACUGGGCAGCUUCUGCCUCCAAAGUGGCAGCAACGUCGUCAGCCUUCAAUUGGGCAUCGUUCAACUUGGAUUCGGCCUUGUCAAGGAACUUUUUCACCACAGUCUCAACAGAUUGGAAACCAUACUCGUUUCCCUGAACGUUCUUCUUGUACUGGUGCAAACCGUCCUUGACAAGCUUACCACUUCUGAGCUCCACGCCCAAAUCAACAAACAAAAGAGCAAUUGGCUCAAGAUCAGCAGGAACCACAGAUCUGGCUCUUUUCGAGCUGACAAAGUCACCGGGCUAUCGAACUUGGUCCACAUUGGACCAACGGAGGACCCUUACAACGAAAUCAUUCCUCCAAACGAGCUCAAGUUCUGGCAAAGGCAAGGUGCCAAACGGCGCAAGAAUAUCCCCGAGCAAUACUCUGCGAAUGACCGGGCAAUCUUGAAAUCGGUGCGUGAUCGUGCUUAUUAUCAAGAUACUUGCUUCAGUAUUGCUGGUAUUCGAUGGGGGUGUGGAGCCAUUGUUGGGCUUGUUCCAGUGGCUGGAGACGUGAUCAAUGUUGCAAUCUCUGUGGAAUUGAUCCGUAAAGCCAACCAAAUCGACGGAGCCUUAUCUAGUCCCGUGGUUGUGAAAAUGAUCAUCAACGUGAUCAUUGACUUCUUGAUCGGUCUUAUCCCUAUUGUGGGAGACUUUAUCACUAUCGCGUACAAGGCCAACACCAGAAACUUCCAGCUAUUGGACGAGCUGCUUGUGAAAAGAUACAGUGCUGUCUUGAGCAAGCAACCUCUUGAUCCAAUUGCUACCACCAACUAG